GCCCUAUAUAAAUCUUGCUUCUUGUUUGAAUUUUAAGUACCUUCAAAGAUACUAUAAACUAAAUCUUGAAGUGGCAUAGCCUCCCACCUUCAAGGUUACAUAUACUCUAUAGGUGGAUUCCAUAGAGAAGCAGAGAGAGUAGGAAACUCCUACCAAGCUAGAGACAUGAGGGGGUUUGGUUAUUUUGUGGUAAUGUUCUUCUGUCUUUUGGUAUUUAUGGGCUCAACUGAAGGACAAUUGCAGAUGGGUUUUUACUCUGGGAGCUGCCCGAAUGCUGAGAAGAUUGUGCAGGACUAUGUUAACAGGCAUAUCCAUAAUGCUCCAUUAGUGGCAGCAACCAUCCUAAGAAUGCAUUUCCAUGAUUGUUUUGUUAGGGGUUGCGAUGCAUCUGUGCUUCUGAACACAACUUCAAGCGGUAACCAAACUGAAAAGUUGGCAACUCCAAAUCUAACACUGAGAGGCUUUGAUUUCAUUGACAGAGUUAAGAGCCUGUUAGAAGCAGCAUGCCCUGGUGUAGUCUCCUGUGCUGAUGUUGUUGCUUUGGUUGCAAGGGAUGCUAUUGUAGCCACUGGUGGUCCAUUCUGGAAAGUCCCUACAGGCCGAAGAGACGGGACAGUUUCAAGAACCUCAGAGGCCUCGAACAACAUCCCACCUCCAACUAGCAACUUCACCAGUCUACAAAGACUUUUUGCUAACCAGGGACUGGACUUGAAAGACCUGGUCGUGCUAUCAGGUGCUCACACAAUCGGGGUAGCACAUUGUUCAUCGUUCUCGAAUCGCCUUUACAAUUUCACUGGAGUGCUGGGUACUCAGGACCCAGCGCUAGAUAGCGAAUACGCUGCCAAUCUCAAGGCAAGGAAGUGCAGAAGUCUUAAUGACAAUACCACUAUAGUAGAAAUGGACCCUGGAAGUUUCAGGACAUUUGAUCUUAGCUACUACAGGCUCUUACUCAAGAGACGAGGUCUCUUCCAGUCUGAUUCUGCCUUAACCACAAACUCCACUACAUUGUCAUUGGUCAACCAGCUGCUCCAAGGUUCACUUGAGAAUUUCUUUGCUGAAUUCGCAGAAUCCAUGGAGAAAAUGGGCAGAAUCAACGUUAAGACUGGCACAGUUGGAGAGAUUAGAAAGCAGUGUGCAGUGGUGAAUAGCUAAGAAUCUUUUGUUCAUAUGUGUGUUUCAUUUCUAGUCAAAUAAUGUCACGAAGACUGUGUCCUUUGAAUUU